GUCGUAUUCGGGCUCUAAUAGAAGAAAAACAGCGCAGUUUUUUUCGCCCUAGUUGUGCCACUUGGUAUUACCAGCUGGUGGGAAAAUGUCAGAGCCAAGCAAGCACGAUAUUUGUACCAUUUUUAAACGAUUGCGAUCAAUUCCGACGAAUAAGGUUUGCUUCGACUGCUCGGCUAAGAAUCCAAGUUGGGCCAGCAUCACCUAUGGUGUUUUUUUGUGUAUAGAUUGCUCUGGCACACACAGGUCUCUUGGUGUGCACUUGUCCUUUAUCAGGUCUACUGAGCUGGAUUUUAAUUGGUCGUGGUUCCAGCUAAGAUGCAUGCAAGUGGGAGGCAAUGCCAGUGCGAUUGCAUUUUUCAACCAGCAUGGAUGCACAGCGAGUGCAGCCAAUGCCAAAUACAACAGCCGGGCCGCCCAACUGUACCGAGACAAAAUAAAGACUUUAGCCACACAAGCCACCAGGCGUCAUGGCACUGAGUUAUGGCUGGACAGCCAGGCUCCUAUUUCUCCGACAUCACCAGGCCUCAAUCAAGUGGAUUUUUUCAGCCUGCAUUCACAGCCUAAUCCUGAAAAUCUGAACAUGGCCCAAAUGAGUCUCAGCUCCUUUGCAACAGAGAAGCCUUCAGGUUCAGAAAAAGAGGAUGACAACAAUGGCAAUCCAGAGGAGGGGCCUAUUGUGGAAAUGUUGAGUGUUUCUCCAAAAGCACAUCUAGACCCUUCUUCUCUUCUCAAGAAGAAACCAGCUGGUGCCAAGAAACCUCUUGGCUCAAAGAAAGGUGGGCUGGGGGCUCAGAAGGUGAGCAGCCAGAGUUUCUCCGAGCUGGAGAAGAAGGCACAAGCUGCCGACAAGCUCAGAGAGAAAGAAGAGAACGUGGCCGGUGCCAAGAAGAAUAUUCAGUCUGAUGAGUCUAUCGCUCCGUCCCUGCGACUGGCCUACAAAGAGAUUGAGCAGCAGCGGAAACUCGAUGAACAAAAAUUGAAGGGAUUAGACGGGAAGAAGAAAGAACAAGCUGACAGACUGGGCAUGGGUUUCGGCUUCAGGAGUGGCGUGUCUCACUCUGUGACAUCCGACAUGCACAUCAUCCAGCAGGAGACUCCAGUGGGAGCCAAAGUCAGCAAAUCACGGCGGUUUGCAGAUGAAGAGGAUGAUGAAGGUUCCUUCACUUCGAGGGCCUUGCCUCAGUUUGACGAACAAACGGAAACUUCAGAUAAUUCCUCAUCUCGAUGGAACGAUGGAGGAAACUGGCUGAAAGAAAGCAAGAAGCCAGAGCCUGACUUCUUUCUGGUCUCUUCUCAAUCAUCACUGGAUGAUAGAUCAACAGCUCGGAGAAAACCACAACCAGUUACCGUCACAGACACUGGAGAAGCGCAGAAAAAGUUUGGCACUGGUGUAAAAGCCAUAUCUUCCGACAUGUACUUUGGGAAACAAGAUAACACUGAGUAUGAAGCCAAAACACGUCUGGAAAAUCUUUCUGGGAGUUCUGCUAUAAGUUCGGCCGACUUGUUUGAUGAUCCAAAGAAACAGACGACAAGUUCAUACAGUCUCACCAACAUGCUGGCCAGCGCUCCCGACAUGUCACAGCUCAAACUCGGAGUGCGAACAGUCGCUGGAAAACUCUCCGUUAUGGCCAGCGGUGUCGUUAACACAAUACAGGAUCACUAUGGCUCUUGAGUCGAGUAAUGUGUAUAUACAGCAACUCUUCCACUCCAGAUGACUGAAGUACCAUUUUUAGGAGUGCUGUCUGUUUGCCGACAUCUUGGAGGGACAUUUCUGUGUAUAUUGCAUUUAUGAAGAAUAUUGUUUGUGGUUUUUCUUGGUUGAUUGAUUCCGGCAUAUGUAGUGUCUGUGGCGUAUAACAGAUGGGUUUGCUUUUUGAUCGCUGGAGUCAACAGUGGAGGAAAUUUUCUCUCUCUCUCAUCCGUUUUACUCUGUAUUCUUUAAAUCUUGCACUUUUCCCCGAGCUUAAAAGUGUCCUUUUUAUCACCAAAGUGCAGUUAAGUUUCUCAUGAACAAGUUAAAAACCUUAAUAAAUCCUAGAGGGACCAGAUU